UUACAUCACUCCGCCUCCUUGAACAGGGAAUGUAAUGGCUGACACUGGGCGGUUAAGCGUACCUUGACUGAGGGGAUUCAGCAACAACACCGAAACGACUUGUUUGUAUUAAUUGAGAAACCAGCCUUCUCAUGGCUCUUAGAAUGAGCCGUUGAUCAUAACGUGUUACGACAAUUUCUUAUAAACUCACUGAGGUAAUUCAUUUCUUUCCACUAAUUUUAUUAGCCAAGGCAAGUGGCUAGUUCACCACCAGCUAACGUUAGCUAACUUAGCAUCAUCACGCAGCUCGCUAGCAAGUUAGCUACCCCCUUACCCAAAACAAAACUAGGUUGGUGCUGUAUUUUCGAGUAGACAUGAUUAGCUAAUGUAUCUAACAAGCUACGUGUACUAAUUUUGAACCUGUUAUAGCCAACAAUAACUAAGUAGGUAGCUAACUAUCUUGUCAGGCUGUGAAAUCUUGUUUUUAGUUGGCCAGCUAGCUACCUAGAUAGGUCACGUUAGCUACUAGCAAGUUGACGUUACCUACGCAAGUGCCAUCAAGGUAUUGUAAUUCCUAGCUAACUGUAAUUCCUACUAGCAAGUGACAGUACUUUCCCCUCCGAAUUGAACAUAAGCUUUUGUUUUGAACAUCAAUUGUUCAAACUUCCCAAGGGCAGUGAAUGUAACAAUUAACGUUAGUUAGCCUUCAACGUAUUUUCCAUUAUCGGAAUUUCACCCCCAGCUUUCGCGGGGAAGGUAGGGGGGGGGGGGGGCUCUCAAGUGUUACCAUGGCGUUCAACUUCAUGUUGCCAAACAGUGACAAAGCCAAAUGUAAACUAGUUUAGAAUUGCAUAGCUACAUUUGGUAUCCCAAAUUAUGAAUACGCCGCAUCGAUUUGUCCCUAUACUUUGUUACGUUAGAAGUUCUCAGAGGGGGGCUAUUUGUUGCUAGUGACAGUUGGCUCCUGCGAACUCACAGAAGUGGAGGGAAUUUCGUAAACUUUACCGGGAAUUCUAGCGGUCUACAACGCAGAGGUUUAACGCUAAUCCAUCUAGACUAAACCGUGCCCUUUGUCGUGAAGUUGGCAAACUAACGUUACAGUUAGUCAUCAAGAAAUCCUUACUCAAUCUGCUACCUCUCCAAUAGCAAGCCAACCAAUUAAUAGUGGGUGACUGAAUACACCGCACAGGUACGUAAUCGAUAGGUAAGGUAACGUUAUUGAAAUCGGUAUUGUUUAUUACUAUUAGCUAUGUCAUAAAUAAGUCAUACACUGGUUUGUAGCAAGCUAGCUGUAGUGUUUUGGAUUAUUAACGUUAUGCUUCACAUGUUAUGGUUUAAUUUACUGUCAUAUUUGUCAUAGGGGAAAGGUCGGUGAAUGUUGACUGUUGCUUAGUUGCAGGAACAUUCCGACGAACAAGGCACAGUUUCUGUCUGGAGGCUGUUUCUGAACGCAACAAACUCCUCUAGAAUCAUGCACUCUGUUAAUGUCAUUACGGUGUAGCUACUUUGGAAACACAGCUCUGUAUAUUGGUUUCCUUGUUUGUUUUGACGUGUGUGUGUCAGGGGUUCCAUUUGGAAAAUGUGGCCCAGACAACGUGACCUGAAAUAUUUUAACUUGCUGUCAAUUUGAGAAAUGUUCCUGAGCUAUAAUGUUAUGCAUUGUGUGUGUAUAACCCAUUAGGAAGUCCACUCACGGUGCUCAGAAUGACAAACAUUUUGAUUAUGGUAUUCAUCUUAACAGAACAUCCAACUCCUGUAAUGAAGCAGACACUAAAGCAUUAUUUUCAAAAAUGUGCUAAAAUUCAAUUUGUGGGAAAACAAACAGUGCACCUGAUGCCAGCGGUUCUAUAUGUGACUGAGAUGACAAUCUCUGUUAGAAACUUAGGUUGCUAAUAUAACUGGGAUUUGAUAUGAAAACCAACAGGAGAGAUGCUGGUUUAAAUGGCAUAUGAGGAAGUAUUUUUAUAAAAUAAUUGCUUCCACGUUUCUAUGGUCAGGUUUUUCCUAGACUGCUUUGUAGCAAGGUAAGACAAGUGGUGGGUGCCGCACUGAUAGCAUGCCUACCGUUACCUUUGUACUUAAAUGGGAGGCGUGUUGCAAUUGCCAGUUGAGAAAUAAAAAUAUGACAUUUUUAAUUGUGGCCAUCAAAACCGUUUUGAACAGGUGACUGCGUUAGAAUUGUUGCCCAAUGACUGGUCUUAUUAAAGUACAUGUUUUACUCCAGCAACAACAAGCUGAGGAGCUGCUGCUGCUGCAGCUCUAGCGCUGUCUGACAAGUGAUAUUCUGCUCAACAUAGGCUCUGUGUGCUGUGCGCAGGUAAGAAAUUAUACAUUACAACCAAUGUUCCCUCGUUUUCUUCGUCACUGAGCAAAUUUCAGGUCUGCUGAGAACAAAUUUGAAAGUUGUGAAAAUUUUGUGCAACUUCUAACGCGCUGUUACUCUGAGCACUGAGGUUGUAUCUGCUGUAAGUUAGUUUUAACAGUGGCCAUGUGUGUAGGCAACUGUGGCUAUUUGAUCAUAAUGUAGGCCUGCCAGAGUUGCCUAGCAUCAAUAACCAUGACGAAAAUGCGUCCCAUAACAUUUUAACAUGGAAAUAGCUGUUCUCUCUCAGCCUACAGUAGCAGCCAAUGUGUGGUAUUCAAUGUAGGAUUCCAUGAGACUUUUGGGAAAAAAACACGCAGGGCUUGACAAUAACCUCUUCAUCAACUUGUCCUUCAGGCAAGGUGACUGAAAAUGCUGUUUGACGCAAGAAACGACUUUACAAAAUAAAAUGCGCUAUUGUCAUACCAUUAUUACAGAGAAUCAGAAAUUAUGAUACCCUCUGCCUAUAGGCUUGAAUAAGCUAAGUAGCCAGUCUCAAUUUUCUUUUUAUACACAAAUGAAUGUUGUUACUCCUGUGGACAGAGUACAUUGGAGGUCGAUCAUGAUUGACCGGUUGGUGACCACUGCUCUAGAAAGUUGAGUGAAGUUAUCUGUGAGCUGAUAUUUCCGCGCUGCAGUCGCGGGGGAGCAGACUCCAAUUUUAUUUCCACUAAAUUUAACAAAAUAACCUAAUGGACGAUAAGCAUGACUGUGAAAUGUAUUUCCAUCAAUUAAUAUGAAGCAUUAUUUUUGCACGGUGUGGAUUUUAUUUUAUUCUCCUGUUCAAUUUGGCUGGCAAUAAUUUUAUCGGCUUCAUUUUCUUUAUUGUCCUAAAGCCAACAAUUACCGGCUAAUUGAAAACCUGGUGAGUGUGUGUGAGUAAAUGAGUUGUUUACAGUAUGCCAGUAUGAAAGAGUCUCCAGUCCAAAGCCGUUCUAGAGUGUUGACUGACGAUGCAUGUCAACGACCCAACAGGUGCGGAGCGGAGGAGGACAUGGCGACAGGGGGCUCUCCCUUUGACGACUGCGCAGACGAGCAGGAGCUGCACAACUGGACCGUUACCAACGGCAGCAGCCUGGAGGACAGGCUCAACAACAUGGACUGGGGCAUCCAGCAGAAGAAGGCCAACCGCUCGACGGAGAAGAACAGGAAGAAAUUCUCAGCCGGCGGCGUGGCGGAGAGCCGGCUGACCAAUGACAUCUCCCCGGAGUCCACACCUGGCACGGGGCGGAGAAGGACAAACACCCCUCACACAUUCCCCCACGUCAAGUACACCACCCAGAUGUCGGUGCCCGAUCAGGCCGAGCUGGAACGUCUCCGGCAGAGGAUCAACUUCACUGACCUCGAUGAGAGGAGCGUCGGCAGUGACUCCCAGGGCCGCGUCACAGCAGCCAACAACCAGCGAGAGCUGGCAGCGGAAAACAAAAAGCCCUUCAAGUUCCUGCCGCUGCACGUCAACACCAACAAGAGCCGGGAGGCGCCCUCAGCCUCGGCCCCCGCAACCCCCUCCGUCGCCGCCACCGCCAAGAAGCAGAGCCCUGGCCUGGGUCUCAGGGACGCCUUCACCCCCUCCCUGCCCAGCAAUGACACCCCCAGGCUAGGUAGAGGGGCCGAGAGAGGGCUCCUUCCCCCUAGGGAGGAUGGGAGAGGAGAGCUCAGCAUCGACAGUAGCCAGGUGGUGAGCAAGCUGGUUCAGAUCCGGGAGUACAUCGGCAAGGCCAGCUCCAUGAGGGAUGACCUGGUGGAGAAGAAGGACAUCCCGGCCAACGUGGAGCGCCUCACCCACCUCAUCGCCCACCUCAAGGAGCAGGAGAGGUCCUACCUCCGCUUCCUGCAGAAGAUGCUGGCAAGGGAGAACGAGGAGGACGAGGCGGGAACACAGGACUCGGCCGUGGGUUCAGGCUCAUUGCCAGAGAGCGCCUCCCUCAACAUGGAGGUGCGCUCCUCGGACGCCUCCAACGCCACCGGCCGUGUUGCAGGCCGCAGUGAACAGAAGGAGGAGCUGGAGAACUUGAGGAAGCAGCACGAGCUCCUGAAGAAGAUGCUGGAGCAGCAGGAGCAGCUCAGGGCUCUACAGGGCCGCCAGGCAGCACUACUGACCAUGCAGCACAGCUCCCAGCACGCCUCCCACACCAUGGCUGACACCGUGCCGACAGAGACCACAGGCAGUGUGUCAGGGCUGAGCAUCACCUCGGAGCUGAACGAUGAGCUGAACGACCUCAUUCAGCGCUUCCACAACCAGCUGCACGACUCCCAGACCAAGGCAGCAGUCCCAGACAACCGCAGACAAGCCGCGAGCCUCUCCCUCUCCCGGGAAGUCUGCCGCUCUCGCUCCUCCCAGCCGUCCCCUCCUCCCCACUCUGCCGCCUCCUCCUUCCUCCGUCCCCCCCCUCUCACCUCCCUGACCUCCAUCACCCCUACGUCGGCCUCGGCGGCGAGCGCGAAGCUGACCAAGCUGCAGGAGCUGCAGGACAAGAAGCAGACCAUGGACAAUAUCCUGCAGGAGCUGCACUCGCUCCGCGACCAGACCCUCAACAACAACUCCUGUCGCAGCGCCAGUGUGUCCCUGUCCUCUCAGCAUAGCCUGGCUCUGGGCGCGGGCCCCUCCUCGGACCGCCCAUCUGCCCUGUACAGAGAGCCCAAUGGGGCCUCAGCCAUAAGAAGGGACGCCUCCACCUACCACCCCUCCACACACACCCAGCAACCCCAGCAUGAGGACGCCCCAGCUGACAAACUCCGGAAGCUGAAGGAGGUGCACAAGCGUCUGAACGAGCUGCGUGAGCUGGUGCAGUACUACGAGCAGACAUCGGACAUGAUGGUGGACACGGUUAACGAGAACGUGAAGGAGGAAGAGGAGGAGGCGGAGACUGAGGAGGACGGCUCCAUGCUGGAGACAAUGUUCGACUCGGAGCAGGAGAACCGCCGGCCCCCCAUCACAAACAUCAGAAACCCACAGCAUUCUGGGAACUGGACAGAAAUGAACAGUCUGACCAACGGCCGAGGAGGAGGCAGCACCAACAACCACGCUGACGGCAGGCUCAACACCGAGUGUGAGAUCAACAACCGCUGUGCAGCAGCCAACCUCCGCAGCCUCAACAUCCCCUCAGCCAUAGAGUGCCAGUACAACCGGCCCUACAACCAGGUCAAUGACGAUGAUGAUGACGAUGCCCUGGAGGAUGAAGAGGUGCGGGGGGCCAGGGGCCGGGACAGCGAGGGCUCGAGCAGGAGGAGCAGCCUGGGGAACGAGGACGCAGACUUCGCCCACAAAGUUCACCGGCUGCAGACGGCCAAGCAGAAACUACGGCAGCUCCAGGAGCUGGUGGCCAUGGUGCAGAGUGACGAUACAGACGCCACCACGGCCAACGAGGACGAGGGCCUCCACCAGCAGCCCAACAACACCAGAGGUGCUGCUGCUGGCUCCUCUGCAGCAAGGAGCCCCAGAGACCUCACCCUCACAGACAAGGCCAGGGAGAAGCUGUAUGAGGAGAAGCUUCGUCAGCAGCAGCAGGAGUUGCAGCAGCUUCACGAGGAACGCCAGCGGCUGAUGGAGAUCCAAGACCAGAUCCAGGACCUGCAGUGGGCCUGCCCCGACCUGCAGUCAUCGGUGUCCAGCAGCACAGUGAGUCAGCAGGCCCUGAUGAGGAAGGUCCCGGCUGCAGCUUCCACCCCAGCCCCUGCUCCUGCUGCAGCCCCCAAAGCCAACGCUUCUCCUGCCGCCACCGCCGCGCUCAAACCCACAGCCCAGGCCGCCGCGAACGCCUCUGUCACUGACAACGAGCAGCUGUGGUGUGAGAUGCGGCGCCACCAGAUCCUGCGGGAGGAGCUGCGCCAGCGGAGGAAGCACCUGGAGUCCCUGAUGGCCGAGCACCAGAGGAGGAGCGGCCUCAGCGACUCCCCCUACAGGAUGGAGGACUCGGAGGAUCACGCCGCCUCCGCCACGCAGCCACUCGGCAGAGACGAGAGGACCAUGGCCACAUGGGGCGGCUCCACCCCGUGUCAGCUGGACGAGGACGGCUACCCCUCUGAGUUGGGCGCUGAGGAGGAAGAAGAAGAGGAGGAGGAGGAGGAUGAAGAAGAAGACGGAGCAGAGUCCAGCUCCAGUGAUGACGUCCCAUGCUACACUAGGAAGCAGAGAUCCUACAGCAACAGGAAAACACUGGGCAGCAACGUUCUGAAGCCGCCGCAACAAUUCGCAUCCGAAGCUAGUGGCCGUCCCUCUCCCCGUUCUCGAGCCAAAGAACAGCAACAAGCCCACGGCGGCGUUAGCAUCGGGGGUGCAAGGCGCCAGGAGAACCUGCGCUGGGCGGCCGAGCUAUCCUUCCAGGAGGGUUCUGGCCCUGGGUCUGGGUUGGCAUCACGCCACUGGCAGGAGCAGGUGGGCACACUACAGAGGCAGCUGGACUUCAGCACCAGCAUGUGUCAGACCCUACUGCAGGAUCAGCAGACGUUGUCCUGCAUGCUCCAGACCCUGCUGACGGGACCGUACAACGCGCUGCCCAACAACCUGUCCUCCCCUCAGGUUCACCUGGUCAUGCACCAGCUCAGCCAAUGUUACACACAGCUGGCCUGGCAGCAGAACAACGUCGAAAGACUGAAACUGGUGCUGAGCGACCUGCUUCGUCAACAACAACAGCAGCAGCAGCAGCCGUCCUCGUCGUCAGGUCAGCAGAACCAGGGAUCCACGUCCCGGGACUCCGGCAGUGCCUGUCCCCCCCUCUCCCCCACCAGCCUCUUUCUCCCCUUCACCUCCUCCAUGCCCCCCUCUGUCAACCAGGCCCUCAACCUGCCUCCCGGCCUGGCCGGAUUCUCGCCCUUCUCCUCCGGGUUUAACUUCAACCCCCUGUUCCCUUCUGCUAUGGGUGAGUUCCUUCAGAGUGCUGGUAGCCAAGCCAGCCCAGACAACCAGCAGCAGCAGCAGCUGGAUCCCAACACCUCAGUCAAGACAGAGUACUUGAGCUUCCCCCCGCCCCUACAACGCUCCCCACUCAACACUGUAGACAAAAGGCCCCAGAGGCAGAAUGAAGGAAGCAGCAGUCGUGGCCAUGAAUCUGGCUGGCUCAACGUCUCCCAACCUCCAGCUCCUAUCAACGAAUCCCCCUCCCCUCUACCCCAUAGAGGGGCUAACAUCCCCCGGACCCAGGCCUUCGACCAGGCCUCCCAGGAGAGCUUCAGCAGCAUGCCGGACCCGGCUGACCCCACCACCGUCACCAAGACCUUUAGGGCAGGACGUAAGGUCUCUGCCCAGGCCUGCCUGGCCUCCCGUGACAAGACGCCAAACUCCAAGAGGAGGACCCGGCGGGCCAAGGGACACCACAAGAACACGGGAGUGGAGAGUGACAGCGUGUCCAGCACGGCCGACUUUGUCCAGGAGAGGGCGCCGCAGCCCCAUCGCCAGCGGGACCAGAACCAGAGCCUGCUGGACAAACUGACCCAGGAGAAACUGGACAGCAAGACCAAGACAGGCAACAAGCCCAACGACCUCUCCUCCGCGUAUGCUUGGAGAACACCUUUCCUUUCUAACAGAAUUGCAUGCACUGAAGCGCCAGGUGCCAGCAGUGACUUCUCCCUGUUCGAGGCCCUGAGGGAGACCAUCUACUCGGAGGUGGCCACGCUCAUCUCCCAGAACGAGUCGCGGCCCCACUUCCUCAUCGAGCUCUUCCACGAGCUGCAGCUGCUCAACACCGACUACCUGCGCCAGAGGGCACUCUACUCCCUACAGGACAUAGUGACCAGGCACCUAACGGAGAAGAGUGCGGCCGAGGACCAGGCCUCCUCCCUGGGUCCCGUGGCCUGGGCGGCCGGCUCCCAGUCAGAGCUCACCCCAAGCGAGAGCCUGGCCACCAGCGACGGGGACGUGUCGGAGAAGAAUAUCCUGGUCAUCAAGCAUCACGACCCGAAUAAGCGGCGGAAUGACGCAGAAUCGGUGGACAACGAGAGCACCCUGUCCACCACCUCCAACCUGGAGCCAUUCGCUAACGACGACUUAGGUAACACAGUGAUCCACUUAGACAAGGCUCUAGCCAGGAUGAGGGAGUACGAGCGCAUGAAGCUCAAGGCUGAGCUUAGCCCCAACACCACCGCUGCUACUGCCUCUGAGGCCUCUGCUAACUCUUCUGCUAGCGCUGCUCAGCUGAUGGAAGGUGACGUCCACUGUCCCCAGAUCGACACCCAGCAGCUGGAUCGACAGAUUAAGGCCAUCAUGACUGAAGUCAUCCCCUUUUUCAAGGAGCACAUGGACGAGGUGUGUUCCUACCAGCUGCUGACGUCGGUGCGGCGCAUGGUGCUCACCCUCACCCAGCAGAACGACGAGAGCAAGGAGUUUGUGCGCUUCUUCCACCGACAGCUGGGAGGCAUACUGCAGGACUCUCUGAGUAAGUUUGCAGGGCGUACUCUAAAAGACUGUGGCGAGGACCUGCUGGUAGAGAUCUCUGAGAUCCUGUUUAACGAGCUGGCCUUCUUCAGACUCAUGCAGGACCUGGACAGCAACAGCAGUAGUACUGCUACUAUAGCUAACUCUCAAGCCAGACACAAGAACCACAGGAGACAAUCUCCAAAUAAUAACCAAGUCAAGCGUGAACACAGGAAUAAUGAGGAGAACAAGUCGCCGGCGGUCGAGAAGUCCUUUUCCCCAGCAUAUCUUGAAGACAAAGAUGAAGACGAGACAGAGCAGAAAGAGACCGAGAGGAAGGACAGCAGGAGCAGCGAGGCCUCUGAGAUGGAGGAGGAGGAUGGAGAGGGUCUGCCUCUCUCUAUUAGUCUGUCCAAGGCGGAGACCCAGGCCCUGACUAACUACGGCAGUGGGGAGGAUGAGAACGAGGUGGAGGAGAUGGAGGAGUUUGAAGCUGAGCCCCAGGACGUCCAGACCUCCCUGCAGGCUAGCAAUGACGGAGUUGAGAAACGGGGAGCAGCAAAUGAAGUCCCAGCAAAUGGAAACCGAGAGACAAAGUCCGACCAAGAAAGCUCUGAGAGUAACGAUGUCAAGAGCAGUAAGUCCGAGUCCAUCGAGGUGGUGGACUCCCCAGAGGAAGAGGGGGAGGAGCACAGGAGACCAGAGGGGGAGAGCCAGGGAGGUGUGACCUCCGCCACCACCAACUACCAGGAAGGCUCCCACUCCCAGGGCUCAAACAGCAGCAGCAGCCCUGACACAGAGUCACCCGUCAUGGUCAACAUAGAUGAGGUGGGAUCAGGAAACACGAGCCAGAAGUCCGACGAGGAAGACUUUGUCAAAGUGGAGGACUUACCCAUGCAGCUCAGUGUCAUAUGUGAGGAGGCACUCCAGAAGAGGAUAGUCGAGGAACAGCAGAAUAAUAAUCUGUCUGCUGAGAUCCUCAAUGGGAACACUGACACACUGGCUGGACUAGUGGGCAACGGACACACACUCAAAGAACCAGGUAGGUCUAGCACAGUUUUCAUGAAACCGGUGGAGUGCAACUUCUUCACAGAAUGUCCAGGUAAAUAAAUGUAUGUUGCAGAACUGAUAUUAUUCUGUCAUGUAGACAAGUAAAUGUUGGCUAUAGUACUAUUUUAUCCAUCUGCUGUGUUUGCGAUAUCUCUAGGAAGAAUGAUUCUUCUACUUUUUUUUCUCUCUUCAUCUUUUACAGAAACGAUAGGUGCACAAAGUGCAUGAAAAGACUCUAGUACAAAACGUUGUCGAAUGACCACUACAGAAUCAUCCUAAAGAUGUUCAGACUCCUAUUUGUAAUUAAUGAUUGAUUUAUUGGAUGGUAGCAAGGGUUGGCGAGACAAUGUCAUGACGUGCUAGUGACCUGAGCUUUGCUCGAAACGGUUAGAACAACUACAAUGUAACCAACACUGUUUUAGUUUAUUUCUACUCCUGAGGCUGUAUCUAUUAAGCACAUCAGAGUAGAAGUGCUGAAGAUCUAAGAUCAGUUUGGUCUUUUAGAUCAUAAUACAUAUUGAGUGUAUGGACAAGUUAGACCUGAUCCUAGCACCCCUGCUCUGAGGCUGUUGAUACAUACUGCCCCUGAAUGUGUUCUAUGAUUUGUUGCUGAUUUGGGGUUUUAGGGCGGGGUUUCUCUCGCUCAAUGCUGCUGUUACAAGCCCCGUUUCAAUCCUCUAGUCUAGAAAACUUGUUUAAAUCGCCUUAGUUCUGUUUUUUACGGAUAUGGGAUCAGUUUGGAAUCGGUUUGUCAUUUUAAAUUGUUUUUUGUUCUGUCUUCUUGGCCUCUUCUCUCUCGCUAGCUCCCAUGCUUUAAGCAUCUAACCCUUUGAACUCAAGAAAUACAACUCUAAAGUACGACUUCAAACUAGAUUCAGGCUGCUGGUGAGGCGUUUCAUCUUCGGCUGUAAAGACAUUGGCACCUAACAUAUAAUUUCAUGGGGCUGUCGGUAAUGUUUCCCUUCCUUGUUGACAUUUUGUUUUGCUUGUUUCUCAUGUAAUUAGAUGUUAACUACUGUACGUAGUUAAGAAUAAAAUGAUGGAAAUUUUCAAA